ACAUACAAACAUGGCGUCCGCCGUGCUGAAGGUUGCAGUGGCAGGUCUUUCCAGAUGUUCUCAUGUGACGCUCAUGAGGGCACAUUCAACGACAGCACCCCUCCAUCAGGGCGUUCCUGGAUCGCUGUGGAAGCUGGGGAGGCUGAACCACAUUGCCAUCGCCGUGCCUGACAUGGAGAAGGCCACGGCUCUGUAUCGUGACGUGCUGGGGGCCACGGUGAGUGCCCAGGUGCCCCUGCCUGAGCACGGCGUCUACACAGUGUUUGUGGAGCUGGGCAACACCAAGCUGGAGCUGCUCCAUCCUCUGGGGGAGAAGAGCCCGAUCGCUGGCUUCCUACAGAAGAACAAGUCUGGAGGGAUGCACCAUAUUUGUAUUGAGGUAGACGACAUUAAAGCCGCAAUUGUCGACCUGAAAGCGAAGAACAUCAGAACUCUGUCAGCAGAGCCCAGAAUAGGUGCUCAUGGGAAACCAGUGAUGUUUCUCCAUCCUAAAGACUGUGACGGUGUGCUGGUGGAGCUUGAAGAAGCGUGAACACCUCCGUCUGACAGCGAUUGUGGGAGCUGUUAACUCACAUUUAUAUAUUCCACAGUCCGUCUGAUAAUCAAAAUAUGAUAACUAAUGUUGAUUUUUGUAAUAUUGUUCUUUAUAGCACUUAGGUUUUGAUCUUCCCUGUGCCUCAAAGCUGUUCCUCCAGUUUGGUUUCAGUGCUUUUCUUUCCUCUCGUUUUGCUGACAUGAUGAGUUCACAUUAAGCCCUUAAAAAUUAAAAAAAUGUAUCAAAUGGCAAUAUUGUGUUUAAAUGGAA